AUGAUGAUCNUACAUUUCUUAUAUAAUAAAAUUUAUCUAAGUGAAAAAUUGACUGUUGGAAUUUUAGCACUUAUUUUUUCUCAUUAGAUACCAUAAAUUCAAAUAUUUCAAUUUGAACCAAAUUACCUUCCUGUUUAGGAUGCAGAUUUAAAAAAUAUAUGCUCUCAAUUUUUUUUACUUUCAUAAGAAAAAUUUCUUUAAUAGUCAAAAUCUGUAUUUUUGGAUAAAUUACAUUACUCUUUUAUGAUAAUUAACAAUUUAAUAAAUUUUUAUUCUAUUAAAACUAGUUCAAAAUAAUAAUAAUUUAAAGAUUUAUUACAAAAUGAUUUAAUUGCGAAUUUAUAGAUGACUAACAAAAUGAGUUUAAACCAUAGUAAUUAGUAUAACAUAUACAACAUUUAUGCUUAAUUUGACUCUUUAAAUUUUAAGCAUUAUUAAUAUGUGUUGAUUAUCUCGGAUGUUUUAAUAAUGAAUAGGCACAUUUAUGAAAUGACUUUUGAAUAAAAAAUAGCAUUUCUGAUAAAUUUGAUAAAAAUUAUGAUUGAUGAAUCAGAGAAAGAAAUAAAUACAAUUGAAAAUUGUAAGAAAACUAUUUAGAUAAUAAAGGAAUUACUUUCGAUUCAUGAGAAAACAUUUACAAUAGCUUUCAUAAGAUCAAAAAUUUUAAAGAAAAUGGAAAUUCAUUUUUUAACAUCAGACUCUAUUUAUUAUAAAUACUUUUUUAUUAUUCAAUAAUGUAUUGAAAAUGAUAACAUUGAAAAUUUAAAAAAAAAACCAGAAACAUUUUAAGUUAUUAGAUUUUUAAUGUUCUUAAAUGUGAUUUUCGAAAAGGGAUGGCUAAUAAAUCCAUUUAAAAAGCUUAAAUAUAAUUUAUUUUUUAAUAGAAAGAAUAUAAUAAUGGAUAGAUAAAGUUGGUUAAUUGCCAAGCACUUAUAGAUGUAUAAAUUUAUGAUUUAGAAGAAUUAGAAAUAGAGUAUGAUGAAAAAGAAAAUUAAAUGUUUUUAAUGA